ACUACAGGUGUUUUAUCAAUACUCUUCAUUCUAUGGUCUAUGUACAAAGCCGUCAAAUAAGACUAGUUUCAUUUAUUUGAAUUUGACACUUGUCUGUAAGUCAAAAUAAAACUGAGUUGAACGAAACCAAAAAACUUGAGGUUAUGUUAGUAUAAAAAGUGGGCUAUUACCAAUAGUUUACACAAAGUUACUGUGUGAAUCAUUUAAAGAUUUGUUUUAAUUUGAACUUAAGAAGCAUUUGUUGUUUUUGUUCCAGCUCGAAUUCUGAAGAAUAUAAUCAGGAUGACUGAAGUCAGUGAAGAUUUACUUAUAGAGUUGAGAGAAAAGUGUGAAAAAGUACAAAAUCUGUUGGAGGAAGAGAGCAAACGUGAUCCAGAGACGGAACCGUACAAGUCUAAAUAUGCUGCAAGGGAAAUAUUAAGUGAUAUGAAGUCGUGUUUGACGAACUUAAAAGACAGUGUUCGGUCGAGUGACCCACUGUUUGAGGAAAUAGAAGCCAUGUACGGAAGUGUGUUGUUACUGCUGGGAAUUGUGGCCUUGGAAACUGAGGAGUUGGCGACGGGAGAGGAACACCUGAUGAACUGUUUAGCCUGCAUGGAAGAUCAGUCCAUGCAUCCGAAGAAAGUCUUGAUUGUACUGAGAGCUCUGAAUCAAUUAGGGCUGCUCUGGUCACAGAGAUCUGAUGGCACAAAAUCACAUGGGUACCUACAGCAGGCUGAACAGCUGUAUAAUGACUACACAGACCAGGUGGAGGAACAGCCGGUAGAUGUAUACGCCUUGUUUACUUCUCCGGACCAAACCCCUGCGCAGACUAAGGGUGACAGUCCACUGGAGAAGGUGCAUACUCUCACCCUGUACUACCUGGCACAGGUAUACGGAACCCUCGGUAACCCUCUUAAGUCUGCCGUCUAUUGUCAUAACACUCUCAAACGUCAAUUGGAGAGCAAGGAUUAUGACAUGAUCGAAUGGGCCCUGAAUUCAGCAACUCUAGCACAGUUCUUCAUGGAACAAAACGCCUUUCGUCAAGCACGUCACCACCUGUCAGCUGCGUCUUAUGUGCUUGACAAGCACGAUCAGGAACUACAAACCAUUGAGUGCUCUGAAGAGGAACUAGAAGCAAAAAAAGAACGGCUGAAGCACCGAGGGGCGGACGUGGCACGCUGCUGGGCCAAGUAUGGUAUAGUUCUGCUGUCUACAUCCCGGGACAGACUCAUGGAAGCAGAGGAGGGUCAAUCUGGCGAUGCCACCCCACAGAGACUACGACCUCCAGGGGAGUUGUCAGGGCUGCAGUUCUCUUUGCUGGAGUUGUCGGUGUACGAGGACCAGGUGACUGACAGUUUCGUGCUGACAUACGACGACGCUCGCACCGUGUUCCUCAACUGUCAGCAGUGGCUCGGCCAGGCCAAACUGUACUACACACUAGACGACCACGCCUCCGAUCAUGUCCGUAUCAUCCAGGACUAUAGCGAGCUCUACCGGAACCUGGUGUUCUUUGAGGACGAUGAGGAGAGGCAGUGCAAGAUGCACAAACGUCGAGUGGACUUGCUGGAAGGAGUAGUCAAGGAGUUGAACCCGACAUAUUUCUUGACUACUUGUCAGGAGCUGUGGUUCGAGCUCGGAGAAACGUACACGGCCAUGGUGGACAUCAAACUGUCAAAACUGGAGGCAAACUCAGAUACACCGUCUGCCCAUGCACUACAAAAGGUGAAUCACUUGGCUGAACAGGCAAUAGCAGCUUACAACAAGUUCCUGGACACACUCAGGGAUCAUAAAACAAAGGAGAUUCCAGAUAAAUUCAGUCCAGAGUUAGAGAGGCCAGGGUUGUUGAUCUACUUUUACCUGGCCGGACUGUACAGGAAGUUGAUAGCAGCAGACAAAGCCACUAAGUUAGCCAAUCUUAAGAACAGUCUGAAAUACUACCAGAAAGUGGUAGAGUACUGCCAGCGCCACGAGGGAGCCAAGGACAGUGUAUCUGCAGAACUGAGUGCUUGCCAAGACAUCGUAUCUCUGCUUCCCCUUAAGAUAAAUAAACUGGCAGAGACAGUUAGCCACUAACUUCACUCCACUAACCUUUAGUUCCGACUAGAAAUGCCACUCACAACAGUUUAACAUUUGCAAUCUGCCAUCGAGUUUACUGCAAUCCUUGUGGUUCUGUUAAUAGAUAUUAAGUUUGUCAUACUCUAAUCAUUAUUUUUAGAACUUCUUUGUUGUUUAUGUCUUAAUUGGCUGAGAUACCUUUAUUUAUUAAGAAGCAAAAUUGUAUUCUAAUGAUAAAUUCUACUGUAAUGUUUAUAAGUUUUAUAAUCUAAAAUUUAUUUUCUAGUCAUUUUUUAAGAAAACCAAAAAUAUAGAUUUCUCUAAUUGUUUGCAAGACAUUAAAUAUUACAAAACUGUU